CCCGCCAUUCGCCUGAUAUAGGAACGGGGGGGCGGGGCACGCGAGAAGGAAGGCUAGGGAGUCAUGUGACCUUGCUGGAGAGUCACAUGACAGGAGGAAGCGAGAAAGGUUGGUCUUCAACAGCCCUGGUGCUGGCCGGCCCGUCGCCUUGAGGCAGUCCUAGCUAUGCUUUCCCGCCUGCUGAAGGAGCACCAGACGAAGCAGAGCGAAAGGAAGGAGCUGCAAGAACGGCGGCGGCGAGAGGCCAUUGCUGCAGCUACUUGCUUAACUGAAGCCCUGGUUGAUCACUUGAAUGUAGGGGUGGCACAGGCCUAUGUGAACCAAAGAAAGCUUGAUCAUGAGGUGAAGACAUUGCAGAUCCAGGCUGCUCAGUUUGCCAAGCAGACAGGCCAGUGGAUUACAAUGGUCGAGAACUUCAACCAGGCUUUGAAGUGGUGCUGCGAAGAAGUUGAAGUUGCGUCAGCUGGGUGCUGGAGAUCGGUGAUGUGGAAAACUGGGCCCGUAGCAUUGAGAUGGAUAUGCGGACCAUUGCCACAGCCCUGGAGUAUGUUUACAAAGGACAGCUUCAGCCCUCCACCUCUUGAAAUGGGAAGCUGCUACCUGCACAGCUUGGAUUCCUGUCCCUAGUGACACAACUGAUACCGCUUCUUUCACUCCAUAUUGGCAGCUUGGGGCAGUAAAGUGAUGGCAAGCUUCUGGCCUGCCAGGCCUUCUUUGAACUUCAGUGCCUGCCUUUGCAGUGCUGAAUGAGAUCUCUCCUCCCAGCUUCUGCUGGGGUGCUGCUGGGCUUCUGGCUUUGACCUCUGUUCCUGCUGAACAACUGCAAGUGGUAUCUGGCUCUGAGGGAUGAAAAACUAACUGGGAGGAGAAAAGAACAGCAUGCCACAAGGAAAGGAGAAAGAUGAUGUGGACUAUGCCCCUUCCAGACCAGCUUUUGUUGCUCUCUGUUGUGAAGCUGGAAAGGAAUAAAGAGAUGAUUCAAACCUA